AUGGAGGGAGCAAGUGCGGCAAGUAUUGAGCCUCGUCCAACUGGCGCGAAACUGGGCUUCAUCGGGGUGGGCAACAUGGGCAGAGGCAUGGCCCUGAACCUGUCGCGGAAGGGCUUCGCGCUGUUGGUCUACGACGCGUGCCUGGCGCGGGUGGAGGAGACCUUCCCUCCGUCGCAGGUCGCGGCCGGCGGCCUGCGGCAGCUGGCCCAGGAGUGCGACCGCAUCAUCUUCUGUCUUCCGGACUACACCAUUCUGCAGCGGGUCCUGUUUGGCUCCUCCUCCGCUUCGUCGUCGUCGUCAGCCGAUGAAGGCGAUCGCGGCCUCGUAGCCUUUCUCAAGCCGGGGCAUGUGUUGGUGGACUGCGGUACUUCGCAUCCGGUGUGGACGCAGGAGACGGAGCGACGUCUGCGCGAAAUGGGCAUCACCUUCCUUGACGCCCCGGUGUCGGGCAUGGUGGCCAAGGCCGAAGCCGGCACCCUGUCCAUCAUGGUUGGUGGCGACCGAAGCGCGUUCGAGGUGGUCGAGCCGGCCUUGUGGGCCAUGGGCAAGGAGGUGACCUUCCUGGGCGCCUCAGGCAACGGCCAACUGACCAAAAUGUUGAACAACGUGCUCUUCAACGUGUCGAUCGCGGCCAUGGCCGAGAUACUGCCGGUCGCUACACGACUCGGGCUCGAUCCCCAGCAGUUCAGCGAAGUGGUGGGCAAGGGAAGUGGGCAGAGCUUCGGGUUCGACUCGUUCGCGGGCCUCGUGCUGGCCCGCAACUUUGAGGCGGGCAAGGGCGGCUAUCCGCUCGCCGCGGCGUUCAAGGACAUGCAGACCUUCGAGGAGCUCGUGCACGCCCGACUCCAGGCCGACCACCUGCCCUCCGUUGUCGCCGGCACCAUGCAAACCUACAAAGAGGCACCACCGCCCUGUCUCUGUUGUCUGCCUGUCGCGUCGUGUGCGCUGGACAAGGGCUAUGGGGCGGAGCACAAGGGCGCGAUGGUGAAGGUGUGGGAGGAGCGAUUCGGUGUGCAGGUGGCCGCCACGGCCGACGUGGCAGCCCAACCACCCAACACCAGCACUUACGCCUAA